AUGAGUGUGCUUAACAAGAUGUACCAUUCCAAAUUCGACGAAAAUAGCGGGGAGCAUCAUUCCAUAACAUAUAGCAGGGGCGAGAUCCAAGCUGUAAGUCACCUAGAUGUUUUCAAGUUACGCAGUGUUAAUUUAAAGGGUAAAAACUCGCAGGUGAAGCAUGCUAAUCAGAAAGAGACCCUAAACUUGGCGACAUUUCUGAGACAACCUGAAAAGGCUGUCACCAAAUCAUCAAUGUGGCAAAAGUUUCAGCUAAAAAAUCCUGAGGUCGAGCCUUUGGGUGAUAUAGAAACGCAGUUUAUACCGGAAUCACCGUCGUUGGAACACACUUUGGCAGCAACAUCAGUCAAUGCACCACCUUUGUUGAAGGAAUUUGAAGAAAACUCAUUGGAUUUGUUAAACGUUUCCAAAUUUGCGGAUCGCUCAUUCGAUUGCCCACCAUUUUUUCACGCUUAUGACUACGAAAGUCGGUUGGAUCCUGAAGAUUAUGGGUCAGUUUUGUUCAAGGCAAUCUACGAUGAGAUAAGAGGAGAAAAACUAGUUUUUCAAAGAGAACUCGAGUAUCAAGAAUUGAGAGAAUCAAUUGGAAAAGUUGACUACAUAAUGUACUACAUAUUUGGGUCAGACAAAACGGGGUUUUUUGAGCUACAAAGAGAGCGUACUAUGUUUCAAGAAUCUACAAUCCAGACUUACACGUCACCACUAAGGAAUCCUGAACAAGAACAUGUAGGUCUCUCCAGCGAUCCUGAUCAGAUUGGUCCAGAAGAUAUCUGA